AUGAGAUACGAUAUAUUAGCAAUUUUUUGUGACCAAAAGAAACAAUACGUGCUUGUCCCUGUUGGUGCUAGUUUUAUUGGUAGUCAUUGUGUUAUUGAAUUGAUUACAGCUGGUUAUAGACCAAUUGUAGUAGAUAAUGAACAUAAUUCAUCAGCAGAAUGUUUAAAACGUGUUGAACGAAUUACUGGAUGUCAAAUAAUUAAUUAUAAAAUUGAUUGUCUUGAUAUUGAAAAUUUACGAAAUAUUUUUAAAAAAUAUUUAAUUUAUGCAAUAAUUAAUUGUGCUGCACUUAAAUCAGUUGGUGAAUCAUGUAUGGAAGAAUUUAAUGUUAAAAAUAUUGUUUUUUCAUCAUCAGCUACUGUCUAUGGUACAUCUAAAUAUUUACCACUUGAUGAAAAACAUCCAUGUAUUGAUGAUACUAUUACUAAUCCAUAUGGUAAAAGUAAAUAUAUAUGUGAACAUAUUCUUAAAGAUAUAAUCGUUGCUCAUCCUGUUCGUAUUUUAAAAUUAAAAUAA